CCAAUGAACCUAGAGACAAUUGGUUGCAAAGUUCAAGGAUUCUCAAGAGCACACUUCUCAGAGAGAAAGAAAGAGGGAAUAGCACUCAGGAACCUGGGUUUGAAAUGAUUGGAUAACAUUUGUACUACAUUAAAGAGAAAUGCAUGUUGAAUGCUAACAGGGUUGGCCAUAUAAUUAAAGGGCUGUCGGAACAUUAUUCCAGAUUGAAUACAAGUGAAGAACAUGGCAGAAAGCAAGGCCAGCAUCAGCUCGAAAGGAGGGGCCAAUGUGCUUGCUAAACGGGUGCAGAAACAAUUCAACAGAGCACAGGAGAAGGUGUUGCAGAGACUUGGCAAAGCCGAGGAGACCAAAGAUGAGCACUUUGAGGAGUGUGUGAUGAACCUCCAAUAUCAACAGAACGAUGGAUACAAAAUAUACAAGGACCUUAAAGCGUACCUCAACGCUGUCACAGUAAUGAAGGAUGCCUCAGGUCGACUGUUUCAGUCCUUGUUUGAUGCCUAUGACGAUAAAUGGGAUGGUGUAGAAGAUCUUGGGGAAGUUGUGGAGGGAGAAGAGCUUCUAUGGAAAGAUUAUGAGAGCAAGCUGCGUGACCAGGCAUUACUCACUAUGGAGUCUUACAUGAGCCAGUUUCCAGACGUCAGGGAAAGAGUGGCCAAGCGAAACAGGAAACUUGUAGACUAUGAUUCUACCCGCCAUCACCUGACAGGGCUGCAGAAUGCUAAAAAGAAGGAUGAUAUCAAAAUUGGAAAGGCAGAGGAUGAGAUGAAUGCAGCCAAGGUGAUAUUUGAGGACAUGAACAGGGAGCUGAAGAUGGAACUGCCUAUUCUAUAUGACAGUCGUAUUGGUUGCUAUGUCACAGUCUUCCAAGCCAUUUGCAACCUCAGAGACAUCUUCUACAAGGAAAUUACCAAGAACAAUGAGGUUCUACAGACUGUGAUGAAAGAGCUGAGCACCCAACAUCCAGACAAGAGCUUUGUCGUGAAGAAUUUGAACCGCUCAGGUUCCUUGAAGAGAAGGUCAUUUAGAGACACGUUGUCUCCCAGAUCACUUAAAAGCUUUUAUGAUUUCCACAAGAGUUACAGCCCUAGAGGCUCUCUCAGGAGAGACAACUCAUCCAGUUUUAAGUCUGAGAGAUCAGCAUAUGGGUCAUACAGCCCCACCAGCCCUCAACCCCUUUAUGAGAACGUCUCUGGUGCCAAAGGUGCAAAAGGCAGCCCUAUAAGAUUAGACGACACUACAGAGGAGGGUAGCCCUUCCCAUGAGCCACAGGUGGAUGACACCGGCACCUCUGAUGAUAAACCAGUGGUAGAAGACAAGAAAGCCGAAAAGAAAGAGUCCCCGCGAGCCUCAAGUCAAGAUGGACAGAGGGAUACGCCAAAUGAGGAGGAGUCUUCUGAGGAGGAUGAGAGUGAACUGAAACCAAACUCGAGUCCCACCGAAUGCUCCAAGAUCAAAGAUCAAAAAUCAUCUGAGAAGGUGGAGGAUGGUGGGCCUUCUGGUGUGGAGAAUGGAAUAGCUCGUGACGUUAAAUCAGAUGUGGAAGAAACUGAUGCUUCAAGCUAUGCUCUCAACAAGGGUGACCAUCCAUCAGGAGAGGUGAAGGAAGGAUCGCAAACAGAGGCCCCUAAAUAGCAGACAAAAGAAAGGAAAUACGCUGGAACUGCAAAUUCACAACAUAAGAGAGGAUUUCCAAAUGCUGUACUGACUUGGAUUCAUGAUUUUUUUUCAUCCCUGAUCUUUUGAGAUGUUUUUUUUUUUUUUUUUUUUUUUUUUUUCAGAGAAAUGUUUAAAUUCUGAGUACAGUUUCUUUUAGAAUAUAAUCACUUUCCUGUAUUGUCUUUUAUCCUUCACAUGUGGUGGUCUUUCUUGUGGAUUUUAAUGUUUUUAGAUAUAUUACUCUUUAUCUAAUUGACAAAUGAUCACAUUAAACAAUGGGAAUGUUUAUAAUGUACUUGACAAUCAUCCCAAAAAAUAUCCCUUUUAAAUAAAAUUAACCUAAUUGUU